AGUCUGAUUCGAGCAGUUCUUUCAAACAGGUCGGAUCCGAUCGGCCUAUUAGUGAAGGCUGUGGUAGAAGUGUACGAGUGUAGCGCGACUUGACUGGUAGUGUACCAUACCGACUCUAGCUGACUGCGCGCGGUAUGCAUCGCGGUGUCUUUUCUAGUCUUGUCUAUCAAGUUUCCAAUAUCAAGUGCACAUAUUUGCAUAAUUAGCGCAUGAAAUGAGCACAAGUUCACACAAAGCCUGAAAUUCUGAGUUAGGGACGUCGUUGUUGGGAAGUUCUUUGUGCGGUCGCGAAACCAGAACGCAAUAAUUAGACCAAGUCAAUUACUCACGGUUUGUGUGAAUAAGUGAAGAAAAAGGACAUAAAUGCGACAUUGAAGUGCUGACCGAGAUUCGGUUCUGAAGCUGAAGCAGUUCGUUGGGAGCAGUCGCUGCCGUUUAUUGAAGCUUGGAAGCAACCAUGAGUGCCUUCGCAAAACCCUGAAAGUGUUACAAGUGAGAUUAACGAAAUAGUAUUUUACAUUGCUGUUAGUGAAUUGAAAGUUGCCGCAGUGCCAACAUAGUGCCAAGUGUAGAGAAUCGGAUUUACGUCCGAUAAGUGUCAUUCAGAAUGUCGAGCAGAAAAGUGCGGAAAGUCACAAGGACUGAUAGUGAUAUAGCAUGCGAGGAAGCGUCCAGGUUAACGGCCGAUCUACAGGACGAGGCGUCACCUGAAGAUGACGAUGGAAUGUGUGAAUACCACGAUAUGCCGCCACCACCGGAUGGCGGCUACGGAUGGGUGAUUGUGUUUGCGUCGUUUAUGUGUAACAUGAUAGUGGACGGUAUCGCGUAUACCUUCGGUGUGUUCCUGAAUGACUUCGUGGAUUACUUCGGCGAAGGCAAGGGUACGGUAGCGUGGGUGGGUAGUUUACUUAGUGGAAUGUACUUAAGCGCUGGUCCAGUGGUGUCGGCACUGGCGAACAAAUAUGGCUGCCGGGCAGUCUGUAUAGCUGGUAGUGUAAUCUCCUGCGUGGCAUUUGCUCUCAGUACCUUAAGCCCGAAUGUGACGGUGAUGAUGCUGACCUACGGCGUGAUGGGCGGUAUCGGAUUCGGCUUCAUCUAUCUGCCGGCCGUCGUCGCCGUCGGGUAUUACUUCGAAACGAAACGUUCCUUGGCGACGGGCAUCGCCGUCUGUGGCUCCGGAGUGGGCACCUUUGUGUUCGCUCCGCUGGCCAACAUGCUGCUGGCCAAUUUCGACUGGAAAAAUUCCACGCUCAUAUUAGCUGGUCUAAUAUUGAACUGCGCAAUUUUCGGUGCUAUGAUGAGGCCCCUCACCUAUCCUAAGGAAGACGACAAAGUCAAGCCUUUAAUGCAGCGAAUGUAUGAGGAGAAGCGUAUGCAAAUGGAGCGUGGCUCAAUCGGUGGUUCCUAUUUCAUGGUGCAGUUACCGGACGGUACGAUGGAAAAAAGACUGAAGGCUCCUCUGAACGCCGAUCCGGGUGUGCACUCCAGCCUGGCUCUGGACCAGCUGGCUGGGCAACAGGGAAUGACGGCGGUGGCUACUCUACCUACCAUCACCGAGGCCAAGGUUCAGGAGCAGAACGGCAGCUCAAGCAAUUCGUCGUCCGAGUCCGGACAGAUCGAGAUGAAGAAACCCCUGCAGCGGAAGCGUACCACCAACUCCGAGUCCGAUGCCAACGAAUACAACGCCAACAAUAUGCCGCGCAAUGCUUCGCAACCUGCUUUCACCAGUAACCAGUCGGGUAUUCCAAAGAACGGAUCCGUGCCAACUUUUGACCGUGUCCGUAAGCACUCGACAGGUGAAAGAUUUAAGCCAUCCUUAGCUGCCAUUAAGGCAAGCUCUAGAGGUGAUGUUGGUAGUAACGGAGAUGUACGUAAAACUAUGCAUUUAAAACUGUCACGCGGUUCCUUCAUCGGCAGCAAAAAUAAUAACGCUGAAGAUUUUGACGACAGUGUCAUGUACACCUCGAAGGCCUCCCUGAAGGCGGACCGCCCGCAAAUGGUACGCCCUCUGUCGCGUAAGGAUAUCUUCUACUCGGGCUCGGUUACCAACCUAAAGGAGUUUCAGUCGCAAAAAUCGCUGGCCAGCUAUCGCAACUCUGUCAUAUCGUUGACCAAGUUUGAACGCGAACACCGCGAACGUGAUGUUGUUCGCGAGGAUCUGGAGAAGGGAACGGAACAGUAUGACCUGUGUCCAUGUCUGGUGCUUCCCGAGUCCUUCAAGAACGCCAUCGGAGCUAUGAUGGAUAUGAGCUUAUUGCGGGAUCCUGUAUUCAUGAUGAUUGCCAUUUCGAACAUUUUCGGUAUGGCUGGAUUGUACGUUCCGUUCGUGUACUUAGUAGAUGCCGCUGUUCUUGAUGGAAUUGAAGAGAGCAAAGCCACGUUCCUGAUUUCUAUCAUCGGUAUUACCAACACUUUCGCUAGGAUAUUGUGCGGUUACGUUGCCGAUUUCCCGAAAGUGGACGCCUUGUUCAUGAACAACGUUUGCCUUGUGAUCUCUACGUUCGCCGUUUCGUUGACACCGUUCUGUCACAGUUACUACGCAUAUGUGGCGAUGGCGAUUGCUUUUGGAAUAGCAGUUGCCGGUUACAUCUCGCUGACGUCAAUUAUUCUGGUAGACCUGUUGGGCUUGGAUAAGCUUACCAAUGCGUUCGGUUUGCUAAUCUUGUUCAGAGGUGCCGCCACCAUCGUUGGAUCACCGCUGGCCGGCGCACUGUACGAUGCGACGCAGACCUACUCGAUUCCGUUCUUCGUCGCUGGUGGCCUGUUCGGGCUGUCGGCGAUCUUCAGCUUUGCUGCACCGGCAACCAAGAGAUUCCGCAAACAGGAGGAAGCGCCGGUCCACGUCGAGGUGCUGACCCCGAUCGACGAGGAACCAUCGGAGGAUCUGGCCGACGACGACCAACCCAUCACCAUCCUACCAAAGAUUGUCCAAACCGCACCGAGUCCAUCCACGGAACAGCCAAUCACUUCCAGCUUAACCUCAGCAAUCAACAACGAUAAGCAGAAACCGGCCAACGGCAACAGCAACAGCAAGGAAAUUAGUCAGAUGGAAUCCGUACUGUAACUGGGGAGAUGUGUACUUAGGCCGAAGUACCAUAGGUACGUACACAUAAUACGUGAUCCUCUCCCACACACACAAACAAUGAGGAGUAAAACACGAGUUUAUGCGCGCUUGUGCUUACAAUUGUAUAUUUAUGAUAUAUAGGACGAACGUGUUUUGAUUAUGUUAUAUUUAAUUGAAACCAAGCAAAAUUAAUGAAACAGUGUCAUAUGAAAUGGAAAAGUUGUCUGUGAGGAUACCAAUCAGAGUAUAUUAACUAUUAGGAAACAAACUGAAACAAAUUGCUAGUGAAACUGAGAUGCGAUGUGUGAUUCGACAGUGUGUAUUGUUUUUUGUAUGCGUUAUAUAUUUUUACGAUUAUUCAGUUUUGACACUGCUACAAAAUAUUGACCGAAUUAUUAAGGACCUAGUAGAUAUGCAAAGCUAGUUAACGCGAAACAUCCAAAUCUGAAGCCAAUGUUUACAUUAGAAAAAAAAAACUAUAGGGAAAACUGAUAAAUUGUGAAACAAGAGUAUUAAUUGGUUCUAGGUGUACAUAAGGAAGAGUGUGUGUAUAAAUGGAACAAUAAGAAUGCGUUUUAAGUUUACUCAACGAUAAGGUAUGUCAAAGAUUUACAUCUGUAAGAGCUGUUUUUAUUUCUUUUAAAGAAGUCGACAAACAACAGAGUCAUUAGAAAUGCAAACACGUAGGAAAGAGCAGCAGGAAUAAUGCUAAGACAAGCAUUCUUUUUUUCGGUAGGAUAUAUUAAUUAUCGUAAAAUUGUUUUUGAUAUUAGAAUUACAAGUUAUUGAAAAAAAAAAACAAACCAAUUCACUUUACCAGUAGCCGCUCUAACGAAAUGCUGAAUAAUAGCUAGUAUUGCUACCAGUAUAAUGCGCCAUUGAGAAAUUCUGCCUUUUGGUUUGUCGUGCAUAAAAAUGUUAUUCAAUAAUUUACACAUGGUGUGAUCGUCAUUUCGUCUUCUAAUAUUAUUGAACUCUGAAUGAAUAAAACAUUAAUCCUCCCUUUAUUGGUACUGCUAUGAGUUGUACUUAGUGAAACAUAUCAUAAUACCUUAAACAGUCUGGGAUCUCAAAUCGUACUUCGUUUUUCCGGUUCAAUACCUCCAAAUGUAAUGCUUGAAAUCAUUUGUAAACCUGUGCACGACAAAUGAAUUGGCUUGGCUGUAGAAGCAAAACAAACAAAAUUCCUGAAUACCAAAAUGCUGCAAAAAUCCCUGGGAUGCAACAAAAAUGCUAAGAAUUACGAAUAAAACUCGUUUGUUGAAACUGCGAAGGAAUAACACACAAA